GCCGCCGAUGAAGAAGACGACGACGACGACGACAGUAACGUCUUCGAACGUAUACGCGCACAUGGGGAUUUCGCGAAUUUCGAGCGCGAACUUUUUCGUUUAAACCCCGUCUUUCCUACCUGACCUGUUUGUAGUUUGCGCAGUAGUGACCAGUGAUCGCGACGCACGAGUAGUGCACACUUAGUGAAAUUGAGCAGUAGUUAAAGUGAAGAAGCUUAAAGUGUUACUGAAUGUAGGCUGCUAGCCAUUACGUUGGAUUAGUUUGUCGUAGCACCAUCAUUUCUCAUUCAAGAUUUUUUAGUGGUUCUUGUUAUUAAAUAGUGAAUGUCGUCCAGUAAAAAACGUGCACUCAAUCACAUCAGCAAUCCGAGCAAUAGUAAAGCAAGAGUGAGAGAAAAAAUGUAGAACACCCAAUUCGUCCAACGAUCGAUUUACCUAACGAAAGCUUUUUUGUAUACCCUGAACGUAACUAAAACGCAUCCUCACCCAUCGUCGAUCAACAACCUGCUCUCGGAUCGUGUGCACGGUUUCAUGAAUGUUGUGCUUCGUUUUUUCGACGACAACCAUUGUCCGAACAACCUGAAUCGACAACAACAACAAUCAAUCGACAACGCCGCUGACUGACCAUCACGGUCAACCGUCGUCCAUCGCCAACGACACCAAAACAACGACCGGCGAUCAACGGAAACCGGCAACCGGUUCCAGAGGCGAUUCGCAAAUUUCUACCCAACAAUCGUAGUAAGAUCGGCACCCACUGCAGUAGCUCGCUGGAGAUGAAAGUGAAGGCAACCGGAAAGCGGAUUUUGCGACGCCGGAAAAGCAGCAAAAAAAGUCUGGACAAGUUUCCCACACCAAAUCAGGUGACGGAGGCUUCACUCGAGAUAUGGCGCACACUACCGCCUUCAAUCCGCCAGGACCCGAGUUUGGCCUCGUUUCGGCAGGAGCACGAACGAUUACACGGUCCGGAUGACGACCCGCUGCCGAAUGACGACCCGGCGGCAGAGGACGGUGACGACAACAGCAAGGAGUUUAUCACAAUCAAAGUCACCAACGCCGACACGAGCCCGGAUGGAACCGAUGGCACUAGCGGCAAGCUGACGUCCGGUGUCGCGACACCCCAGAGCAUGAAACACCAUCAAAAUGGACCGAACACAACGGCCAACGGGGAGGGAGCGGACGAACACGAAGUCACAAUGCCCGGAAUGCACGGGCAUGCUCAGCCGCACCAGGGAAAGCUGUUCGGUUACGUCAAAAUCAGCUGCCUGCUGGUGACGUGGCUCAUCUUCACCGGCUUUCUGAUGUCGAAGAACGAAAAGGAACUUGAACCGCGGCAGAUGUCGGUACCGGAGGGGAAAGUUCGAACGUACAUUCUACCGGACACACCUCCCGGUUCUAGAGUAGGGAUCUACCUCAAAGGUGCCUUUCUGAACGAUCAGCAGCACAAUAUGACGAGCAACUACGUAUCAGUGAACCUGCAGCUGCUCUACACCAGUAGCAAUAGUUCCAAUCUAACUUACAUACAGGAACAUGAUGUGAAGCACAUCGAGAACGUAACAGACGCCUGGUUAGUGCCAAUACCGGUGAACCCAGAGGUAAUGGAUCGACAGGACGAGAUCACUCGCAAACACGUGUUCGACAUCGGUACCGCGAGCCAUCGAAAGGUUGUGAACGGGAAGGCGAUGAUCCGAGUUCGAUUGACUACCAAUGCGGACACUGACGUUCCCGUCAAGUUCACCUACGAUUCGACACCCAUCGACAAGGAGAUGGGCGUAAUAUACGCGGCGAUCGUAUUGCUAGGUCUGUACGUGCUGAUCAUUUGGGAAGUUGUGAAUCGUACCUUCGCGGCGAUCGUUGCUUCGACUUUGGCGAUUGGUGUCCUAGCAGCGAUGGACCAGCGGCCUAGUAUGCCGAAGUUGAUCUCGUGGAUUGACGUCGAGACACUCCUGCUGUUGUUCGGAAUGAUGAUCAUGGUAGCAAUUCUGUCGGAAACCGGUAUCUUCGACUUCCUCGCCGUUUAUGCCUAUCAGGUAACCAACGGUAAGGUGUGGCCCCUGAUCAACUGCUUGUGCAUAUUUACGGCCGUUCUAUCGUCAUUCCUGGAUAACGUAACAACUGUGCUGCUAAUGACACCCGUUACGAUACGACUGUGUGAGGUGAUGGAACUCAAUCCGGUACCGGUUCUGAUGUCGAUGGUUAUCUACUCGAACGUCGGAGGUACGCUUACACCGGUAGGCGAUCCGCCGAACGUUAUCAUCGCUUCCAACAGCUAUAUUUCUAAAAAUGGAGUCAAUUUCGCUACGUUCACCCUGCACAUGGCAAUCCCCAUUGCGAUCGUGAUGGUCACGACCUACUUUCAGCUGCGAAUGAAAUUCCGAAACAUCAACGAUCUACGUUUCAACGAACCCCAGGAUGUGCAGGAAAUUCGCCACGAGAUUGCCGUGUGGCAACGUGCUGCUGCUUCGCUGUCGUCCUACUCCAAAGACGAGGACCUGGUACGUGAAACCCUGCUCAAAAAGGUCAACCGUCUGUCGAGAACGCUCAAGAAGAAACUGGUCAGCGGAUCGGUUCCGGCUGAAAGCUACAAAUCCACACUGGAGGAGCUGAAGAGUAAGUACCCGAUUAGGAACAAGGUGCUUCUGGUCAAAUCUGCCCUCACACUUGCCUUCGUCAUCACAUUCUUCUUCCUACAUUCGGCUCCCGAUAUACAGAAACUAUCGCUCGGCUGGACCGCGCUUCUGGGAGCCAUACUGCUUCUGAUCCUUGCAGACAGGGAAGACAUCGAGUCGGUAAUUGCCCGCGUCGAGUGGUCCACCCUGCUGUUCUUUGCUGCCUUAUUCAUCCUAAUGGAAGCCCUUGCCGAGCUCGGACUGAUCGACUGGAUCGGAAAGCAGACGGAGAAUGUAAUUUUAUCCGUAUCGGAGGAAUCUCGUUUAGCUGUUGCCAUAUUAAUUAUUCUCUGGGUAUCUGCCUUUGCAUCCGCCUUCGUUGACAAUAUUCCGCUGACAACGAUGAUGGUCAAAAUCGCCAUCGGGUUGGCCGAAAAUGAGGCCCUAGAUCUGCCCCUGAAUCCCCUCGUGUGGGCACUGGCCCUAGGAGCUUGUUUAGGAGGUAACGGUACGCUAAUCGGUGCCUCCGCUAAUGUAGUUUGCGCCGGAGUUGCUGAGCAGCACGGCUAUAGGUUUACCUUCAUAGAAUACUUCAAGGUCGGUUUCCCCGUAAUGGUUGGCAGCAUAAUCGUGUCGACCAUCUAUCUACUGUUUGCCCACGUGGUUUUCACCUGGCACUGAUCGAGUAGUACAGCCCCAGAAACUAUUCGUCAAAUCGUGCGCUGCCAUAGUAUUCGAAUCGGUUAAUAGAGGAAAAAUCCGAUUGUCUACAUUCGAGCCGCUGCUGCCCGAGCACGAUCGGAUCUGGCGAACAAGCAAACAAACAAAAGAUGUGAUAUCCUUCCGAAAUCCCAAUCAACCCUAGAGUUACUAUUGUUUAUUGUCUAAAAUCCAGAGUUGAAAUAGCUUUAAAAGAAAAGAAGAAAGUGGAAAGGAAAAGAAUAUUAAGAAUACUUGUAGUUAGAGCAAAACAAACAUCGAACCACACGCGAUAGAAAUAUCUGUAUUGUCGGAAAAUCAUUCGUCAAUUUCAACUGCGAGUGUCUUGAAACUUUUUGAAAGCCGACGACGCUGGCAGUUAUUGUAGCGACCAAACAAGAUUAACAAUUGUUAUUGCACACUGAAUAUCAACGUAGGCUUAAGCCAGCAUUUCAUCCAAAAUUUCAUCUCGAGUGAGCUGUUUCCCCUUUAAACCAAAACACACAUCUAUACCUCCGUUUUCCUUCUUUUUUUUCUCCUAGUUACGUUUCCCUAUUUCUCUGAUAUCCGUUUAUUGUAAAAACGUUUUGUAUUGUAUAUUUACAAAAAAAAAACAUUAAAAAGUUGUUGAAAUUAGCAAGGUAGUUGUUCGUCAACAGAAAAAAAUCAUACUUUGUUUUUAGUUAGUUCCAAAUAGCUGAUAGCGUUAGUAAAGUUAGAUCGCCAACAGAUGUAAAGAGUUAUAUAAUUUAAUGGUAAAGAAAUACAUUCCAUCAAAAUCAAAACCAAAAAAGUGAACCAACGUUUUGGGUAAAAAACCAGAAGUGGAGAAAAAAAACCUAACACAAUCGAAUGAUGCGACUAGCAGAAAACAACAAAAUAACGUUAGCAAAGAGGUAUAUUUUUAGAAGCAUAAUUUAUCCAAUAGCGAAAAUCACACACACACACUACAAAAGUCAACUAAAAUCUAGCAAGAAUAAUUCAGUUAGAUGAAAACUAAACAUAAUAUGUUAUUUCAUAACUAGACGGAUAAAAUUUCACUCUUAAAGCAAAGCAAAUUAGUGCUAAUAUUAGUUGAAGCUACACGUUAAAAUGCAAAAUCGUUACGAAUUUAUUAAAACUCAUUUUGUUUAGCUACUUAGUCGAAGAAAGUUUCAAAAACAAACAAAAAUGUACUAUCAAAAAAACCAAACUAAACCGUGUUUAGCAGGAUGCGAUUGGUUGGCAGCUACUAAGUACAACGGUUGGCAGCAAUGACCGACAGCAGCGGUUUGCCGACUGUGUGAAAAGUGAAAUGUGUUGUGACUGACAGCAUACAUGGGCGGAACAAUAUAAAGGAUGAAGAUGAAAACUGUAAAU